CCGCGGCGGUAUAUAAAUGAAGCCAGCCAUCUUUCAAGGAAAACCAGCUGAUAGCAGUGCGCACAACGAGCGGACGCGUGGCUCUCCCGGCAUUUAAUUUAUACCACAGAGAACAUCUUCUGCAUUCAAAAUGGUUCGGGAAACCGGCUACUACGACCUUUUAGGAGUAAAUCCCAAAGCUUCAUCUGAAGAAAUAAAGAAAGCAUAUAGAAAGUUGGCAUUAAAAUAUCAUCCGGACAAGAACCCCAGUGAAGGGGAAAAGUUCAAGCUAAUUUCUCAAGCGUAUGAGGUUCUGUCUGACCCAAAGAAGCGAGACCUGUAUGACCAGGGAGGAGAGCAGGCCAUUAAGGAAGGAGGGACGGGGGGAGGAGAUUUCUCUUCUCCCAUGGACAUUUUCAAUAUGUUUUUUGGUGGUGGUGGCAGAACACAGAGAGAGAGAAGAGGGAAGAAUGUUGUUCACCAGCUUAGCGUGACUCUUGAAGAGAUGUACAAUGGUGCAACCAGGAAGCUUGGCCUCCAGAAAAAUGUUAUCUGUGAAAAAUGUGAUGGGUACGGAGGAAAGAAGGGCGCUCUGGAGAAGUGCUCCAACUGCAAAGGGAGGGGAGUUCAGAUCCAGGUGCAGCAGAUCGGGCCGGGAAUGAUCCAGCAGAUCCAGAGCAUGUGUCCGGACUGCCAGGGCCAGGGCGAGAGGUUCAACUCAAAGGACCGCUGCAAGAACUGCAAUGGGCACAAAGUGGAACGCAAGAAGAAGAUCCUUGAAGUCCAUAUUGACAAAGGUAUGAAAGACGGCCAGAAGAUCACAUUCCAUGGGGAGGGUGAUCAGGAACCCGGGCUGGAACCCGGUGAUGUCAUAAUUGUCCUGGACCAGAAGGAGCACCCAGUGUUCCAGAGGCAGGAGGACAACCUCGUUAUGAAGAUGGACAUCAAGCUGGUGGAGGCACUCUGCGGGUUCAAAAAGACCAUCCGCACUCUUGAUAAUCGAAUGCUUGUCAUCACCUCACUGCCAGGUCAGGUCAUUAAGCACAACGACAUCAAAUGUGUACAAAAUGAAGGCAUGCCUCUGUACAGAGACCCCUAUGAGAAAGGACAGCUCAUCAUUCAGUUCAUGGUGGAGUUCCCUGAAAAACACUGGCUCCCAGAACACCUGCUGCCCCAGCUGGAGGCCCUGCUCCCCGAGAGAGAUGAUGUGAUGAUCUCCGACGACAUGGAGGAGGUGGACCUCACUGACAUUGACUACGAGUCUCAGAGGAGGAGCUACAGCGGAGAGGCCUAUGAGGAAGACGAAGCCCCACGAGGUGGGGUGCAGUGCCAGACACAGUGAAUGUGUGUGACCCCCCACACCCCCCCCUCCACGCUGUGCAAUGUGUGAAUGUCUGUGUGCACAGUUCAUGUUGUCUUAGCAUGCUGUUCCUGUAUGUGUAGUCUGUUUUAUAACUGAUCUGUCCAAAAGAUAACCCUCAGGGGCCAAUGGAAUCAAAAUGUGCAUACACUGUAGUUUUUUUUUCUUCACUUUUCAUCUACCUUGUGUCAAAAAGGCCCAUGAAUGGAAAUAAAACAUCUAUACUUUCUAUGAAGGUAAAA